UGUACGUUAAUAUAUAGACAUAUUUAUACACGGCUCGCGGAGCAUCUCUCCGCAUUGUGUGUAUGUUGUAUGUACAUACCUACGUGUAUACAUGCCGACAUCAGUUCGUCCGUGAAAUCUAUCGAUUAUUUAUCGCUUUUUGUUGACUCCAGUGCUUCGCAACAAUACAACUAGUCGCGUUAAAGUGUGCUACGAUUCAAACGCGCUCGACAGAUAAAUUUUUGCUUGCUCGUUACAUUCCACCGUGCCACUACGAGACUCUCUCUCUCUCUCUCUCUCUUAGAUAUUAUAGGCCUAUAUUUUAUAUAUGCCUAUAUAUAUUCACGCACAUCGUGCAGAUGCGCUCAAAUGGAAACAGGAUACGUGUAAUAGUGAAUUGAUUAAUUGCUUCUAGCUGUUGUGUUUCGUAAGGCCCUGUGAAAAGCCAUAACCGAAAUGAAGAAUAGAGCGAGAUGAUGACUAUAUUGCCGAUUAAUGGAGAGGAAAGAUGAAGAAAUUUCGCGUCGAAGCUUUCAUCGUGCCGAGUCUCUGCAAGACGAUCGAGGAGGAGAACCCGAUCAAUCAGAUCGACGACGUGAAGAUCGCCAACAAGCUCAAGGACCUGUCACCGGCGUCGUCGGCCGACGACUCGAGCCUCAGCAACAACAGCAGCGGCACAGGCGCCGGCGCCGAGGACAAGCACAACAAUUCGCUCAACAACUCGCUCAACUCGUGCGAGAAGACCGACGACUACGACGAGUUCUCCGGCCUGUUUUUCCAGAUCGACGAGCACAUCUACGACGAGAUCGUGCCGCUGGAUCACGCCAAGAACAGAGUCUCGCUCGACGUGAAGAUCGAUCCGCGGCCGGCCAUCACCGAUCCACCCAAGACCGAGUACUCCAAGGUGACGCUGAAAAUCGACGAGCCAAUUUACGACGAGCCGUUCGUGGGAAACUUGACCAAAAUUAAUCCCAUCAAUAACGCCAUAAACACGUACGACGUGCCUCAGAGCCCCGCAUGGGUCCUCGGCACGUCCAAGUAUCGGCGCUUCGGCAUCGUCGCUCCGAAAAUACCCAAACGAUCGAGCAGCUUGAUGUCCAUCACCGAGGACAUCGAGAACUUUCACGAGGCGCUGCAGCCGGAGCUCUGCUGUCACGGCCGCAAAAACGGCUGCCAGCUGAAGCACGAGAAGCCCGAGGACAUAAGCGAGGACAUAUUCAAGGAGAACUGGAUGCAAAAGCUCGACUCGCUCAGGAAGUUGGAGACGCUCUUGAAGGACAAGGAGGUAGCGUUGCAGUCGCGCGAGAGGCUGCUCUUCAAGAAGGAAAAGGAGCUGAGGAUUUUGGAGAGACUCGUCAAGGAUAAGAUGCGCCAGGUCGAGCUCUACGCCAAGAGAUUCAAGCAGUCGUUGAGCGCCGACAGCAUAGCGAGAAAUUUGGAAUCGAGAUCCUCCGAUGGCUCGAAGGAACGAAGCAAAUCCGACCCGUCCAACGUGCCGACUUUGAGAAGAAAUAUCAGGGAGACGGCGUCCUCGAGCAACACUCUGAGAAAUCAAGCCAAGUCGAGAAAUUCCAUCAUCACUACGGAUAGAGCGAGUUACAAGACGGCCAACUCAAGAUGCAAGCCCAAGUCUCGCGCCAAGGUACGCUACGACGACUUGGACUCGACGCUCUCGGCUGCCAACGGCGAUGAGUCAAUGGUCGUCACGGCCACGAAAUUCGACUCGGAAAUGUUCAAAAAACCCACUGGCUUCGCUCGUUCGGCGAGCGAGAGGCGGCCCAGGAUCGAGCAGAAGAUCGCUGCGGCCAGACUAGCUAGUUUGAUCGAGACCAACGAAAGUAGCGCGCUUGUCAACGUUAUCGAAGAGAAGACAAUUCAAAGAAUAAGUCAGAAUAUUUUGGCUACUCAAGAUCAAGACACAAAGUUUUUAAAUUAUGGCCUUAUAGAUCAGAAGACCGACGUCGCACCAGUUGACAAAGCUGACACUAUAAAUCAGAAAAAAAUUUCGUACCUGAAUUUGGAAUCCGUUAAUAAAUCCAAAGCAACCACUAAUGAUAGACCAACUUCUUGGAGUGAAGAGGCCGAUGAUUGGUUGAAAAAGAAGAGAAUGGCAUACAAUUUGGCAACUAAGCAAGCUUCACAAGAACAUGUUGCAGACAAAGAAAAUUUAAAUAAGCAAGCAAAAGUUAAUAAAUCUGUUAAAAGUGUUAAGAAAAAAGAAACACUCAAGAAGAAAUUUUCUAUCUUUCGUUAACUUUUAAAUAUUAGAAAAUUAGGCAUUUCAAAAUCUUGUCAAUUUGUAAAUACACUAUAUAUAAAUUUUAGAAAGAAAGAUUUAUUAAAAAAACAUGUGCAUGAUGUAAAAA